AUGCCAAGAGACACAAAUCCACUGGCAGUUAGCCGUGUGAUCGGAGAUGUUAUCGAUCCCUUCACCCCUACCACUGAUAUUCGAGUUUAUAUUGAUGGAGUCCCUAUCUGCAACGGCUACCGCCUCCGCCAGUCUCAAGUCGCCUCCCGCCCUAGGGUUGAUAUUGGUGGUCAGGAUUUCCGGAUUCUCCACACUCUUGUUUUGGUGGAUGCUGAUUCUCCAAGUCCAGGAAAUCCUUACCUUAGGGAGUACUUGCACUGGUUGGUGACUGACAUCCCAAGCAGCACUAAUCCGAGCUUCGGGAAUGAGGUGGUGCCAUAUGAGGCUCCUCAGUCAACAAUGGGAAUCCACCGCCUUGUUAUGGUGAUUUUCCGGCAGCCGAUGAGGCAGAUCUUGCUUGCCCCGGAGUGGCGCAACAACUUCAGCAUCCGACAGCUUUCGCAGGUGUACAACCUUGGAGAUCCGGUGGCCGCCUUCUUCUACCACUGUCACAGGGAAAACGGCACCGGUGGCCGCCGUGCCUAA